AUGGUUACAGACAAGGUAGAAGGCAGUGUCACAGCAAAAUAUACUCCAGCUAUGCCUGAAGGUCGUGUCCCACAUCAGGUUGCCUGUAUCGAAGAACGCGUAACCCUCGAAGAACGUAAAAACCUUCAAGAGCGCAAAAACCACGAAGAACGUAUAAACCUCGAAGACCCCAACAUCCACGAAGACCCCAGCAUUCUUGAAGAAUCCAAAGUCCACGAAGAAAAAAAUAAGACAGAGCUGAGGACUGCGCCUCACAAAGAGCUUAGUGAUGAUGACGAUGUCAACUGGAAGGAAAGUUACGAAGGGCUAUGGGACGUUAUGUCGUGGACUGUGUGGAUCACUAUCAUCGUGAUAGCAAUUAGAGUGUAA